AUGCUCACGAUAGAGCAAGUAAAGAGAAUUUGGCGCAAUCGCAAGGCGCAUGUGCGGGAAGCGAUUCUAAAAGAAAAAAGAUAUAGAAGCAGCACAGGAGGCGGAUUGGACCCCGUUCUAGAAAAAUCAAUCUCAACUACUCUUUCUUCGUUAAGCCAAGCGGAGACAUUGCUGGCGAGGACGCUGGGGAGGGAAGCCGUAAUGGCUGGGCUGGGAAACAUGGAGACCUAUGUGGAUAAAGUAAAGGGUGGUGGAUAUCGAGGGGAGAUGCAGGGGGAAUGCGAGGGAGGGGAAUCUAACUUUAACAUGCGUAAGAAACAGUCACACCGAUACUGCGACAAAGAUAAUUUUGGCGAUAACGUGGUCUGCGGCGAUCAAUGGAGGGAAGCAAGGGGUGAUGCAGGCAGGAAGGAGGACGGAGGAGCUAUCAGACUCAAGCGGGUACAAGAGCAACUCAAUGACUUUGAUUCCGAUGUAUCGUCAAUAUCGCCACCGAAACGUCGCAAAUAUACGGAUAGGGAAGUUAAUAAGUUUCAAAUGGAGGUUCUAAAAGAAGAAAGAGCACUGAUAGCCAAAAAAUCACUUCUUUUGGAUAAGCAACUAGAACUGCUUGGCGAAAUGAAAGAAAUGAUCAGUGAAACCCUGCAAAUCUUACGUGGAAAAAGGGAAGUGAAGAAAUCAACAAAGCAAAUAGAGCCUUGGAAUCCCUUAGAUGGGGAUCCCAACAUAGCUGAAUCCGUAGAAUCCACAGAUCUUUAAGUAUCAUACGCUUACUCUUGUUGUUCGUCAC